AUGGCUUCAGAACUUCGACGUCGAGCACUCGCCGGCGACACUGCCUCGGAAUCUGCUUCGCCAACUCCAACACCACCGCGUGAGCAGAGUCCCGCGAAACCCCGCGAUAAUGUCACCAUUGUCCAUCAUGAGACUAAGCCCUCACGAAAGCGGAGGACCACCCUCAUCUUCUUCAUGGGCAGCUUGUUUGGUCUCAUCGCUGCCGGCUUCUUCGCCAAAAACAAUGAUCUGAUAGAUUUCCCCGAGAUCGGGGAGCUGAGCAUGGAUAGCAUCCUUGACGUCCUGCCUGCCGGUCUCGUCAAGGAUAUGAAAGACCUGACCAAAGGGGAUCGGGCUUACGUCAAUAGUUACGACUCUUUCGCCGUGGGAACAAAAGCUCGGUCCGAGGGGCUCGAAGUCCAUCAUCCCGUCAUAAUGAUUCCCGGCGUCAUUUCGACCGGCCUUGAGUCUUGGGGCACCGCAAACAGCUCUCGCCCUUACUUUCGGAAACGGUUAUGGGGCAGUUGGACCAUGAUGAAAGCUCUGGUUAUGGACAAGGACGUGUGGAAGAAGCACAUCAUGCUGGACAAACGGACCGGGUUGGAUCCUCCCGGUGUCAAACUAAGGGCUGCUCAGGGUUUUGAUGCUGCUGAUUUCUUCAUCACCGGAUAUUGGAUCUGGAAUAAGAUCCUCGAGAACCUCGCCUCUCUCGGUUACGAUCCAACCAACUCCUUCACCGCCGCCUAUGACUGGCGGCUUUCCUACCAAAACCUCGAGGUUCGGGACCAGUACUUCACGCGGCUGAAGACCCACAUCGAAAUGGCACACCAGUUCUCGGGCAGAAAGGUUGUCCUCGCCUCGCACAGCAUGGGAAGUCAAGUUCUGUUUUACUUCUUCCAUUGGGUGGCCUCUGCCCAGGGCGGCAGGGGGGGCGACGACUGGGUGGACCACCACGUUGAAGCAUGGAUCAAUAUUAGCGGGUGUAUGCUUGGUGCCGUGAAGGAUGUGACAGCUGUACUCUCGGGCGAAAUGCGCGACACCGCACAGAUGAACGCCUUCGCCGUGUACGGCCUCGAGAAGUUCCUUAACAAAGAGGAAAGAGCCGAGAUAUUCCGUGCCAUGCCCGGUAUAUCAUCUAUGCUGCCCAUCGGCGGAGAUGCAGUGUGGGGGAACCUGACUUGGGCGCCAGACGACCAGCCGGGCCAGAAGUACUCAAAAGGCUCGUUCCUGAAUUUCCGCGCCGGUGGGAACUGGACAUUGCCAGAAAAGAACCUCACUGUUUCGCAAGCAAUGGAUUAUCUCCUGGACACCACCGACGACUGGUACAGUGACCAGAUCCGCAACAGCUACUCCCACGGUGUGGCCCACACCACUGCCGAGGUGGAGGCCAACGAAUUUGACCAUCGGAAAUGGAUUAACCCUUUAGAGACGAGGCUGCCUCUGGCUCCCAAUUUGAAGGUGUAUUGCUUCUACGGUGUAGGCAAGCCAACCGAGAGAGGUUACUUUUACCGCCCUCCUGAUUUUCCGGACUCGACGACGCUCAACAUCACUAUCGACACGGCCCUGACUGUUGAUGAGAUCGAUCAUGGUGUUACUAUGGGCGAGGGUGACGGUACAGUCAACCUUCUAAGCUCGGGGUAUAUGUGCUCCAAGGGCUGGCGAAUGAAGCGCUAUAACCCAGCAGGCGCCAAGAUCACGGUUGUCGAGAUGCCCCACGAACCUGAACGUUUCAAUCCUCGUGGAGGACCGAAAUCAGGAGACCAUGUAGAUAUUCUGGGGCGACAGAAUCUGAACGAGUUGUUAUUGAGGAUCGCUGCUGGCAAGGGUUUCAUGAUUGAGGACAGCAUUGUCAGCAACAUUAGGGAAUACGCAGAUAAGGUCCAAAUAGCUGAGGAAGAGGGGGUAUGA